AUGCCGGAUUUCGUUAUCGCAACCGUAAUAUUAACAUGGUGGCACAUGACCUUUGCUACUCUUGCCACUCAACUCCUAGCUCGAACUACGAGCAUUCUCGAUGGCCGCCAUAAGAUCAACAUGACACUACGGCUCUACAUGCGGGCUGUAGUUCCUAUCGGUCUUCUAUAUAGUGCGAGCAUGGUUUUUAGCACUUUGGUCUAUCUCUACCUAAGUGUGCCGUUCAUACAGAUGCUUAAGGCGAUUGGACCAGCCGUUACAUUUCUAGUCGGCUGGCUCUGGGGUGUUGAGUAUCCCACUUGGGAAAAGUUCCUCUUCAUUUUAUUUAUCGUCUUAGGUGUAACGAUAGCAAGUUCAGGAGAGAUACACUUUUCAUGGCCGGGUUUUAUCUAUCAAGUUGGCGGGGUCGUCUUCGAAUCACUACGGGUCAUCAUGAUACAGUCCCUCAUAUCGAGUGAUGGCCUAAACAUGGAUCCUCUCGUCAGCCUUUAUUACUACGCCCCUGUCUGCGCUGCCGCCAACUUCCUUCUGUCUGUUGGUUAUGGAUGGGGUUCCGUUGAAUGGACACAUGCUGGUGAAGUCGGCUUCUGGAUGCUACUCCUUAACGCAAUCGUGGCGUUUAUGCUGAACGUUUCGAGUGUUCUUCUAAUUGGGAAAACAUCUGGUCUAGUUCUCGUGCUUUCGGGCAUUCUGAAGAACAUUGUUCUUGUAGUUAUCGCUAUAGCAACAUGGGGAACGCCACUAUCUAUCGUCCAAGUCGUUGGUUACAUAGUGGCGCUUCUUGGCUUGCUUGCCUAUAAAUCAGGGUGGGAGGCAAUAAGAGAAUCGUUAAGCACAUUUAUUGGACGAAUUCCAACACAUUCGAUAUUUAUGCACCGUAGGAUGAGGAGACCAUUUGCAGCAGCCUUAACCAUAUCACUACUGAUUGUUGUCGUAUUAGCUGGAAAGGGGCAAAUACGGGGAACGGAGCUAUCUACCACCACGACUACCGAGGCAAUCGAUCGUUUAUCCAGUGGGUGGUUGACGUGGAUACAGGUAAAGGAUGGCAAAUGGUGGAUUGGUUAAGAGCAAGGGCCGACAGCUUACAAGGCAGUUUUCGUAAGUGAGUUGUUUUCAAUAGUCUAGAGAUGUUUUCAUUCAAGGAAAACUCAUUAAUAUUGUACUCGCUUCUUAUUUCAUACGCUUUCCGAAAGCUGGAGGUGCAACACAGGUGAAGGUCCAGAACCACCAAAAUAACCCUCUGGCGCAAUACUAACCCAAUAUGAACAAUUAUCUCCCAAAACCACUCGUCAUAGUCUUGCUUUAAUAGUCCCCCUAGCUUCCUCUGCCCUCUUUCUCUUGCGCUGGAAGCCCUGGAUUUUAUAGGUUACCAUUCCCGUCCACAGUUCUAGCCACUUGUCAUCAAAUGGGGGCAAUAUUCGACCUGUCGUAUUCGAGGCCGGUUCCCCGGCGAUAUCCCGCAAGAACUCGAAAAAUGCCUUAUAGUCAGGUGCGAUGGAAUAGUAGUCCUUGCCGCCUCCCUUUUCGGCGACACGUUUACGUUCCCACUCCAAUUGUUCCGGGAUCGAUGGUAGCGACUUGGCCCGACCGGCGAGAUGCCGCGCCACGGCCACCGCUUGCCAUUCGUAGACACGGAAGGUGAAACCGCCUCCGAGCUAUAGUCAUA